GCGACUUAGAUCUCUAAGGCGACGGUGCCACUCAGAGUCACGGCGUAGAUUGCGGCGCAGCGUCCAUCAUGUCAACUGUACCUCAUGCAUGCGGAAUCGCGUGAGUAGCACGUACGUUCGAUGCCCUGCACUAUAAAGCCCCUAUAGCGCCAUGCCCGAAUGAUGGCGAAUCACCAGGAUUGACGCACUGACAUCGCGCUAGGCUGCUGGCCCGCCCGCCAGAUUUACAAUAAUGUCGCUGCUUGCAGGUUACGAACACGUAGAAGAGAAGCUCAAACCUGAGCUACUCGCUUACGGUGAUCUUCCGCACACAGUUGAUGCAAGUUUGCGGGCCAACUGGGAUGAUCCAGUGUCGCAUUAUUUGGAAGACACGCCCGUCAGUCGCCGAUAUAUCCCUCACGAGGCCCUGGAUCUGAGAGUCACGCGGACAAAGGUCGCUAUGUAUGCUAUGUUCGCCGACGACAUCCGUAGACGUGAAAUAUGGACCAUCAACCACGGCGAUUCAAUCAUGCGCUUCCCGGCUCCUGUGACUGUUCCCAGGGGACGCAAAGCACUGAACAAGCUCAUCAUCAGCAUUGUACAGGGUUUCCUCAAGGUGUUUACAGUCUUCCGAACGAAGGAGCAGAAGAAGCGUCGGGAGGAACUGCAGAAGAAAUUGAAAGCUACUAUUGCAAACGCGCUCGGCGACCGGGUUCCUGAACUCUUCUCUCUUGACGGGCUGAGUACGGCGCCUGAAAAGCAGGGAUUAGGAUAUGCUUCCCUGCUUGUCGACAAGCUAGCCGCGAUCGCGGACGCUCAGUCGCGCGGUCUAUGGUUGAUCACGACGAGUCGUGUCACAUCAUUCUAUGCGCAGUUCGGCUUCAAGACGGUCGGGUCAGUCCCAUUGGGUGAAGACAAUCCGACAUGGAAGGAGGAUCCUGUGGUAUUUUGCAUAAUGCUGAGGGAGCCCGAAGCAGCGUCGUUACAUCUCGGCGAGAAAGUUUCUCUCGUAUGCUAGUUCGCACAUGCCGAACUUCUCAGCUCGUUUGAACGUUCCUAUGCGCCCAAUAUUCCUCCAAACCGCAGGAAUGUCCUGAGUGCUGAGCGCGAAAGCAUGAGGAGGGAUA